UAAAAUAACACCCAGGAUAUUUGCUGCCACUGUCUGCUGUCUCUGCCUUCCUUCCCCUCUGGCCAAUAGCUUUGCUUUCCUGGGCUCGCUCCUAACUGUCCAGAGUCGGGGGUACCUCGAGCUCUGUGCAUGUCUCUGUGGGUGGGGUAGGUAUGGGUAGUUGCCUAAAGGCAGGUCCCCUCUGCUGAUAAACAAGGUCAGAGAGAGACCUAGCGGCCGACAUUCUCAGCCCCCACGCCUGCCUCCUUGUCCCCCACACAGCCCUGUGGAACUGGUAGCCAGCUCUGUGGCAUGGUAUCUGGAGGCGGGCCAGCAACCUGAUGUGCGUGCCACGGCCCGUCCCCUCUCCCCACACAGAGUUGCAGUCACGGAGAGAGAGCCGGCUUGAGGCUGCCAGGGAAGCAGCUGCAGUGCGGUGACAGUGACAAACACGGAGCAGACGACACCAAGUGGAUUCCCUUUCCUCUCUGAGGGAGAGAGGCACAGCCCUCAGCCUACGAGCUCUUCAGAGCCCCCAAAAGAAAACCUCGGAACCAUAGGACGCUGGUAGUGGGAGAACACCUGCUCCUGCCCUCCUGUCGCCUCUCCCCGUGGGCCCGGAAGAGACUACAAGCCUUGAAAGCACCAUAAUCAGCCGCUGCUGAGCCAUGGCCGAGGGGGAAGUCACGACGUUCACGGCCCUGACUGAGAGGUUUAACCUGCCUCCAGGGAAUUACAAGAAGCCUAAACUUCUCUACUGCAGCAACGGGGGCCACUUCCUGAGGAUCCUCCCAGAUGGCACAGUGGAUGGGACAAGGGACAAGAGCGACCAGCACAUUCAGCUGCAGCUCAGUGCGGAAAGUGUGGGGGAGGUGUAUAUAAAGAGCACCGAGAGUGGCCAGUACUUGGCCAUGGACUCCGACGGGCUUUUGUACGGCUCAACACCAGAUGAGGACUGUUUGUUCCUGGAAAGGCUGGAGGAAAACCAUUACAACACCUACACAUCCAAGAAGCACGCAGAGAAGAAUUGGUUUGUUGGGCUCAAGAAGAAUGGAAGCUGCAAGCGCGGUCCCCGGACUCACUACGGCCAGAAAGCGAUCCUGUUUCUCCCCCUGCCAGUCUCCUCUGAUUAGAGAAAUCUGCUCUGGGUGCUGACGGCUCCAGAGGAGCCGGAGGGGUCCUCACUGGUUGACCCCAGAUUGUUCCCUUGACCAUUGGCUAUGUUUACCCCUGGCCCCAAGAGCCUGAAUCUGUAAGCAAUGCACUUCUAAAUACCCAGUUCGCUUUCUUGCAGAGCCCUUUUCCCCAACACAGUUUGGAACAGAGGGACCAAAUUGCUUCCAGGGGCCAACUGGCUGGCCAGUCUGGGUCUGGUUUAGAGGUCCAUUUGCCUGCAGGCACCUGUUGCAGGCUGGGCCUCUCAAUGCCAAGGUAGGGCCAAAAGAAGUGCGUUCGGGGGGAUGCGGAAUGAGUCAUUAGUUACUGCAUAUAAUUCCUGAGUAAACCCUGUCAGUGAUUCUCCUAAACAUCUGGCAUAAUUCCCUUUCAUCCUUUCAAUGUCCCAUAAAUAUUAACAGAGAAGCUUAUGGCUGGCUGGGUUAGAGGAAGGCAGCAUUCCACGAGUAGAAACAGGGAUUAAGAAAUCCUCUCUCAAGAAUGGAAGGGAUUAAAAUAGCAAGGGGAGAUUGGGUUCUGGCUUAGAAGGAUGCAAUGUCAACAUGGAAUAAAUGAAGGAUGGGAGGCUCAGCCACAGCAAAGCAAUGCUUUGGACUUUCCCAAGGUUACUGGGCAGCAGGAAGCCCCUGGAUGGUGUCAGGUGGAAAGCGUGAGCAGUGGGUUCUUGAUAAAAGCAAGGACAUCGGAUGUUGGUAAAUUCAUUUGGGUUCAGGAGUGAUGAGAAAGAAAGGGGAACAUGGGUUUGAGUGGUCAUUGUCCUCUAAAGAGGAUGAUUCUAGUGACGAGAAGGAAAGAGAAAGGGACACCAUGACACGUGCUUGGCCACCAGAAAGCAGAGGCUUUGGGGUCCCAGGGCAGUGCUUAAAAGUCACAGGGGGAGCUUGUUUGAAUGUACAUUCUGGUUCAGUGGGUCCGGGGUACAGUUUUUACAUUUCUAACAAGUUCCCAGGUGCUGCAGAUGCUGCUGCCACCCCCCACCAUGAUUUAAGUAGAGGUCCUGAAGAAUGUUAGUCAAAUGAAGGUGGCUCAACCCCCACCCCGCCCUCUCUCUCCUCACCCUUAAGAUGCCUGUGUUCAGAAGCAUGGAUUUAAGGCGCUUUGGUCCAUUGCCUAUAAAAUGCCCAUUUAGAAGAUAAACAAAAGCAUACUUCAAAACGUUAAACCAUCACAAACAGCUUUUCCCAAGAGACCAUUUGUGUUACGAUUACUUGUAUAAAUACGCUUCCUGCUUAACGUAAACUUGACCCAAGUGGCUAGCAAAUUAGAAACACCAUUUAUCUUUGACAUAUGAUACUGUUGCCAUGUAAGGGCCUUAAAUAAGCCAUUUAAAUUUACUGUGAGACUAUGUUUUAAUCACAUUUAAAAAUAUAUAGCUCAAAGGCAGUUAAACUGAUCAGCAGUCAGCCACUGAGAAUAAUAGGAUACGAUAUAUAAGCUAUUCAAUUAUCUACUAUUUAUACUACAUUUACCUGUAAAAUGAGAUAUUGCUUUGUUUUUCACUGUGCUAUUAGAAAUUUUUCUUUGAAAAAAUGGGGACUCUUAAACAAUGAUAUGAUAAUUAUGGAUAAAAAUUGAUGAGAAUGUUUGUUAGCUCAUGUUUUAUAAGGAAUAGAAGUAAUUAUUAAUUGAAAACAAUCCCUUAGUAAUUGAACCAUUAUAUUGAAAACGGAAGAAAAAUGACAAUUUGUGAAAGUUCCAAAGGAUAGUGCAGUUGAGGAACUAAACUUAGUUAACACUAUGGUGAAUAAUACCAUCCUGCAUUUCUACAGCAAAAUGAUUUGUAACUUUGUUUUGGUUUUUGCAACUUGGAUAAGAUGGUUCUAUUUUAUAUUAGUAAAUUUUUGCAGGCAAGUUGGCGAUAGUGCAGUGUGGCUUUACAUCUCUUUAUUACAAAGAUUUGGCCAGAAAAAGGCACCCAGAGAGGAAAUCCAAGAUAUUUAUAACGGUCCAUAACUUUUUAGUGUAUGAAUCAAAUUCAAGUAGAACAUAAUUGGCCAAGAAAACUUAAACACUGUUGCUAACAGAUGAGAUCGAAGUCUGUAGUUUCAGAGACCCAAAGCCUUGUAAAAGAAACACUACUGUGACCUCAACACCCUCAGCCCAGUCAUCAUUCGUAUAUUUGUUCAAUUAAUAUUUAUUAAGUGCCUACUGUGUGUCAGGCACUCUCCUGGGUACUGGGGCUCCUGAGAACCUUGUCUGUCUGAUUUGCUGCUGUAUUCUCUCCCGGGGCAUUAGAUUUGUGAUGAAAGAUACUGUGGAUUCAUUUCUUUCAGUCAAGUAAAAACAGACUUCGUAGGUUCCAGCUGAAUAAACAGUAAGUCCCAGAAACCCAGGUUUUGGAAGAAUUAGCAAACCCCAGCACAAGAUAAACCCCUAUCAAAGUGUUAGAGGACAUGGCAAGGUAAACGUAACAUUUUCAACCAUGUGAGUUCAGGGGGAACCGUUUUCAAAUCAGAAAAAGCCUGUCAGAUCUGGUAGGAAGGGGGCGGUUGGUAGUUCCCCACUCCGUUUUGAACAUGAUCUAGUUCCCUAAACAUGGAGCAUUCCCGUUGCUCUGUCUCUUCCUUGAGGAAGUCUUGUAGCCAUCUGCCUGUCAUAUGCCUCUCGUGUGGACUGAUUUUCAGGCCAACUAUAAUGAGUUGCCUGACAUUCUGUAAAAGCAUCAGGAACAUAUAUGCUUUGUUUUCAAUGUGCUGGUGGAGGUAGUGGUGAUCUGUUUCCUUGGAAGGGAUGGUAAUAAAGCCUCCUACGGCCAACAGUGUGUACUUACAAAAGUUGACUGGAGCAUCAUGUGCUACUCAAGAUCAGGGUCCCUGCUUUGUGUCAGAGGUGAUGGAGUCCAAGUCCCCAGCCUGUAGAACAUGAUGCCUGAACCGAGUGAGCUCACGGGCUGCAAAGCAGACCUCUGAUGAAGAAGACACCUGUCGUUUUACAUCACUGUCUCAUUUUUUUUGCACCUUAUGAGUAUUAAUAAAC